CAUCCUUACAAAAAUGGCCGCGACUAUAGACGGUGUUUUUGGCGAGAAUUUGCAAAAUGCGAUACUUAAAAGCAAAGUCCUCGUUGUGGGUGCCGGUGGGAUCGGCUGUGAAAUUCUUAAAAAUCUGGUGUUGUCUGGAUUCUCAGAUAUAGAAAUUAUUGAUUUAGACACAAUCGAUGUUAGUAACCUGAACAGGCAAUUCCUUUUUCAAAAACAACACGUUGGGAAAUCCAAAGCGGCUGUUGCACGUGAAACUGCGUUGACUUUUAAUCCCGAUGCCAAAAUAGUUCAUUACCACGAUAGCAUUACAUCAGCCGAGUAUGGAUUAUCGUUUUUCAAAAAGUUCUCGCUGGUAAUGAAUGCUUUGGACAACAGAGCAGCCAGAAACCAUGUAAACCGAAUGUGUUUGGCCGCGGACAUUCCGCUAAUUGAAUCUGGAACUGCUGGAUACGAAGGGCAGGUAGAACUUAUAAAAAAAGGACUGAGUCAGUGCUACGAAUGUACUCCGAAAGCUGCACAAAAAACUUUCCCUGGAUGUACGAUUCGUAACACACCCAGUGAACCGAUUCACUGCAUCGUUUGGGCAAAACAUCUCUUCAACCAAUUGUUCGGAGAAGAAGAUCCGGAUCAGGAUGUUUCCCCUGACACAGCUGACCCCGAAGCUGCUGGAACGGCUGGAGAAGGUGCGCUGGAGACUGAAUCCAACGAAAAGGGGAACGUUGAGCGAAGUUCGACACGCACCUGGGCUCAAGCUUGUGGUUACGAUCCGGAGAAAUUAUUCACAAAACUCUUUCGCGACGAUAUCAAGUAUCUGCUGAGUAUGGACAACUUGUGGAAAAAGCGAAGACCACCAGCGCCACUCGAAUGGUCCAACCUUCCUGACGGUGUUCCUGGUUCCAGCAAGGACUUGGGUGAUCCAGGAUUAAAGGACCAGCAACGGUGGAGCAUUGCUAAGUGUGGCAUGAUUUUCGCAGACGCUAUUAAGAACCUUAGCAAAGAUUUAGCAGCUCGUCUAGAAAAAUCCCCUACUGACCAUCUCGUUUGGGACAAGGAUGAUCAAAAUGCCAUGGAUUUUGUAGCUUCUUGCGCAAAUAUUCGAGCUUAUAUUUUCGGAAUCCCUCAGAAAACUCGGUUCGAUAUCAAGUCAAUGGCAGGAAACAUAAUCCCAGCGAUAGCCACGACAAAUGCGAUAGUCGCCGGGGUGGUAAUACUUCAUGCAUUCCGUAUUCUUGAAGACAACUUGAAAGCCUGCUGGUCCGUUUACCUUCGAUUGAAGAUGAAUCAUCGUAAUCAGCUUCUGGUACCUGAAAAGUUCGUGAAUCCGCCAAAUCCAAAGUGUUACGUUUGCGCACCGAUCCCACAGGCGACCCUCGCCGCGGACACGACGAAGAUGACUGUGAAGGAGUUGGAGGAGUCUGUUCUCAAGGGCAGGAUGAAUAUGAUAGCUCCAGACGUUAUGAUCGACGGAAAAGGAGUGGUUGUCAUCAGCAGCGAGGAAGGAGAGACCGAGCAGAAUAAUGACAAGAUUCUGGAGGAUAUUGGUAUCAAGGAUGGUACUAUUCUCAAAGUGGAUGACUUCCAUCAGAAUUAUUCCCUGACGGUGACGGUCAUGCACAGGGAGAAACCACCUAUCAAGAGUGAGAGUCCCGAGUUUCUUAUUGUCGCGGACGACGAGAGUCUUAAACCGAAGGAAGAAAAUGAGGAGAAACCCUCCACUUCAAAUGGCCAGACGGAGGUCGAGGACGACGAUGAUGCGGUGAUGAUUGUAGAAACAGAGCCAAUCCCCGAGGCCGACGUGGCCAAAAAGCGCAAGACCGAUCUUGAAGAGAACGAUGUCACGAUUAAAAAGCGCAAAAUCGAUGUUAAUAAUGGCCAUAGUGCGAAAGAAAUUUGCAUAGUCGAUAGUGGAGAUUCCGACGACGAACCACAACAUCUUGCCACAAUCCAAAAAGUAAUUCCUAGGAAACACAAACCCUCAACCGAUGACGAAUGUUCGAUCGUCUAUGACGACACUGCCAACAAUUUAACCUCGCCUAAAAAAGCUAAAACUUCUAAUUAACCGCGUUUUAUUGGCUGAUUACUGGAAAAUAAUUGUUUUAUUACGAUACCCAAUGACGCGAUCUCAAAAUUAUGCUUCUGUUGUAGCAAAUCAUUGAACAUAUUUAAAAAGCAGAGAUACGCGAGUGUAUGUAUAUAUAUGUACGCUAUCGCAGAAUUGUGAUUAUUGAAAAGGCGAAAUUAAUUUCGAAUUUUUUAUUUUCAUGGAAAAGCUGCGUAAUUACUUUAUGGCGUGUCAUUCAAAUAAUUGGUUAAGUCAAACAGCAUGUAAAGAGUUUAUCGAAUGUCUUUUUCCGUCAGUGUCAAGAGGCUCUUGUAUUUUUGUAUAUUUUUCUCUGUGUGUAUCUCAAUGUUUUUUUUUCUCAUUUUUUUCACAUAAAAGAUUUAAAAAUUACUAUGCACAGCGAGAAAUACUUAUUAUUUGAAUGACUAAUACUGAUACAGUAAAGUUUACCACAUUGUUUUCUUGUGCGUUGAAGUACAUUCUGAAGUACCAUUUAAUAUCUAUGAUUAUAUAAACUAAUAAAUAGUGUCAUUUUUAAA